AUGUUCGAAGUCAACAUCUUCACGCCGGCCCAGUUUGGUGCCUUCAUUCCAUGGUUGACCAUCUACAGAGGUCCCUUGUCCGUUCUCAUCCACCCCAACACAACUGAGGAUGGUCAAGACCACAACGCUACUGAACUACGCAACCACACACAGCGAGCCACCUGGAUGGGCGAGAAACUGCCUUUGGACACAACAGUCUUCUACCGCAAUCAACAGUAA